UCUUCUUAUGCAUUGUCAAAGAUAAAGAUACAUAUAUCUCUUAGGAUACUAAAAUAAAAAAGAACAAAAAAUCUUCAAUGAAUGUACACGCCUAAGCGGCCCAUUAAGCGCUCUAGGUGGGAAACUGGGCGCCCUAGGCGGCCGACUAAUUCACUUAGGCGCCAAAUCAAUUAGUCGGAGCGCCUAGACUAAAAUUGGGGCGCCCGACCACCGCCUAGCGCCUAGGCGGGGACUAGUCGGACGCCUAGAGCGAUUUUUAGAACAGUGGGUGAGACUUUGAGACGGUCACCCCUGAGAGAGCAACACGAAUCGCUAACCAUGUAGUGGGCUUGACACAGCCAAACCUAUUCCCAUAGAUCCAACCAUACCCAAUGACAUAAAGAGAGGCAAAAAACUCAAACAAACUGUCAAACUCAACAACAAAAAUGGACGCAAGAAAACAAAUAACAAACAGAUAAAAACUACAAGAAAAACGUUCACGAACUCUAGCACCUCGUGCAUCCCAUGGUGGUGGUUCAGGAGGAGGUCGUACCACUGGUACCAUGCUAAUUGAUCCUCCAUGACCUUUGGCUGCCAAAGACCAUGCAUCAAUCCUCCGUCCCUGCAUAACCAAACUCAACUCUACUCCGUGCGACCAGAGUAAGCGGAUAGGCGACACCGAUCUUCUGCAACGACGACGACAACGCCGCAUCCUCGAACCUUGACCACGAUGCCGAUCUCUUUGAGCCAUGACAGCAAAUAUGCCCUCCUCCACCGAUCUCCGCCCUCUGCAUCUGACCUGGACUCCAGUCGAGCACCAACGACCAAGGGAUAACAAAGCUGAUCUUCGACAAAGUCGAAAUAGGAAAAAGGCUCCAGUGGCCGACAUAGUUAAAGCCCUAGAGAGAAAAACGCGUGAUCGCUCUACCUUAGCCAAAAGCAGACCACUACUCCGCGGCCAGAUAUGCAAACAAGAACAGCCGAACUUCGAUCAAUAUGAUCGAAUUCGGAAAAAAAGCCUAGAGGCAGCUGCCCUAGGAGAAACGAUCUCUUGAUUUGAGAACUAAAAUACUCCGAUCCAUACAAUACUUUGCCUAGUCGUAGAAAGAAGUCGGAGAAUCAAACCAACCGCAGCAACUCUAGGAAGCAGAAGAGCUUCGUCGGUCUCGCCCUCCCUCGCAAAAUCAGAUUGUAAGGAAGAAGGCCACAACGAAACUACGCCUAACGCACAACCUCAGUCUCCUUCAUCCCAGCGAGCAAGUAGCGUAAGGAAUUCAGCUAGCCAGAUCGGAGCCUCCUUCAUCAAACUUGAAGAGAAAGUGGAGGAGCUUCUCCAUUUAACAUCCUCAAAGGCUGAAACAAGCUAAGUGGGAAGUCAGUAAGUCACCUACCAUGCCAGAAAUGUAUUGUCGGUGCCAAUUACUUUUUGGUCGAGUUGUAUGAUCGGGAUCUUCAUCACUACGAUGUGACUAUUACCAAGAGGUUGCAUUAAAAAAAGUUUGCAGAGAUUAUGGCAAAAGUCGUUGAAGAGUACAGGAGUACUCACAACCGCAUAUGGGAAAAUGAUUGGUUGCUUACGAUGGGGGAAAAAUAUUUAUACAGCAGUCGAACUGCCUUUUUCGUCCAAGGAUUUUUCUGUGAAGUUGGCUGACAAGGACAAAAAGUCAAGGCCAAACAGAGAAUUCAAUGUGUCUAUCAAACAUAGUAUGUACCACCACCUACAGCAGUUCAUACAACUUGAUACUCCGCAGGAAACUAUUCAAGUUCUUGAUUUUGCCUUGAGGGCAAAUUUAUCAACUAAAUAUCAGGUUGUGGGAAGAUCUUUCUUUGCUUCAAGUUUUGGAGAGGGAAGAUUAGAUGAUGGGCUGGAAUACUGGAAAGGUUUUUAUCGGAGUCUCUAUCCAUGCCAAAUGGGGCUAUCCUUGAAUAUAGAUGUGUCUGCCCUACAUCCUCAUGAGAGAGAGAAUAGCAUAGCGAAUGUUGUUGAUGCCAGUAAAUGUAACUUGGACAACAUAGUUGCUGAAUUCGGAAUGAAAUUAAUGGCUUGGGUAUUCCCCCCUACACCGCUACCAUGGCUAGCAUCACUUGUUAUAGACCCGUUGUUAGAUGUUUCUAACUCCAUGUAGAAUCUAGACGUGAAAGUUCCUAGACGAGGAAUGAUAUUUAUAGAUUCUGGACCAAUUAGGACCAAUUAGAUAUUUAUAAAAAAUUAGAAUCAAUCUUAUGCAUUGGAAUAGAAUAUGAUAUAAACCAAGAGCAAUUUUGUGCGGAUUUUGAGGUUUGAUAGUUUCCA